GUAUUGAGAAGAACAUCUGCCAAAAAAACACAUCUGCUCAAUACAGUCAUGACUUGGAUUGGACUCAUUCAAGCAUUUGGAAUUCUUUUGAUUGCCUGGCAUAACAAUCUCGGAGCAGAGUCCGUUAACGUCCCGUUCCCGCCGGCGCGACCCACGGCCAGUAACUUGGCGAACAUUUGCACCCAAGGUCAGGGUCGCCCAAGGUACGCCGACAGCUUCUUCCCGAGGUCGGGAGCGGGACACUUCAAGCGGCGUGGAAAGGCCAUUAACCGCUUGGAAUCCUGGUACGCUCGGUGCUGCGGUCUGCCGGCAGAGCGUCUCUGUUGCGCCAGGCAAGCUUGGAAAGAAGCCUUGAGCCAAUUCUGCACUGAAGAGUUCAUGACCAUGUCGGGGCACUACGAGUGCUGCAGGAUGGACGGGGACGAACGUUGGACCUGUUUUGACAGCGAGCUGCCCAACCCGGACUACGAAGCCACACCGGGCUACACCGCUCCUGCAAUGCCUUUUGAACCCGGCUUUGACUUUGACGUGAAUGCUUGCUAAAGGUCUUUCCACAAGAGGGGAAGUGCUUUGAGCCAAUCACCAUCAUACACCUCCAAAAACAAGUAUCCAAGGAACUUUAGUUUGUUUUUUAUACCCACCAAAACAAACCAAAAAGCAGAUAAUGAAAUAACUAACACUUGUUGAAAUCUUGAUAAGGGUGUUAUUCCGUUUCAUGUAAAAUUAGUACUAGUCACUUUUUUUUUUCAGUUCCUUGCUACUCAGUCAUGUUUAUUAUUUGAUCACUUUGUAUAUUUUAGCACAUUUUCUUUUAAUAGGUAAAAUAUAUCAUCUGUUUGUCUCACUGCAGUUUAUGAUAUAUUUACAAUAAAUCAUGGUUUUG